AUGUUGGGCGCUGGAUUGCAGCAUAGACGUAGUAGUGGUGGAGAGGAUAGGUUUUACAUGCCGGCAAAAGUGAGAAGGAUUCGUCAGCAUCAAGAGAACCUCCGUAGAGCUCAAAGUAACGUUACUCCGACCCAAUCUACGACAUCUUUUGUCAGGGAGGAGCCGGAGAAUCAACUCAUGCAGCCAUCAAAUCCGGAGCCGUUGGAAUCCUCAAUGGUGGCGGUGCCGGAAACAUCAUCGUUGUGUAAUCUUGAACGGUUUUUGGAAACUGUUACGCCUUCUGUUCCUGUUCAACAUCUCUCCAAGAGAACUAUGAGAGGAUGGAGGACAAGUGAUGUGGAAUAUCAACCAUACUUUGUUCUUGGUGAUUUGUGGGAAUCUUUCAAGGAGUGGAGUGCUUAUGGUGCUGGAGUUCCUUUAAUAUUGAAUGAAGCUAAUUGUGUGAUCUAAUAUUAUGUGCCUUAUUUAUCUGG